AUGACUCUCCGACUUUCUACCAGAAUCUCCAUUAAGUGGGCCGACGAUGCCCCUUCCGAGCCUACCGAUACCGUUGUACUAAGUGUCGGCGAUUAUUUCAUGGAUUUGCGCAUCACCAAAGCAGAUCAGUCUAUCGACUGGGCAUUUGCUGGAACCAGGGAGAUCCUAUCACGGGAUCCUCUGCACUGCAGAUGGAAUCAUACCAUCGACUCCAGACUCUCCUUUGACCCGGACGAAGGAAAGUUUCAGCCACUUGCAAAUGGCGACGACCUCGAGACCGGAUCUAUGCCCUGCGUUGAGAAAGGGAACCAAGUCACGCCUUACGAAGAAGUCUGGCGAGAGCUCCAGCCCAACCAUGGAAUGAACCGCGGUUGGAUCUUGCAAGGAAAAGCAGAUGGCGAUGAUGUCUUCCUCGGCCAGUAUGGUGGCAUAUACCUUGCUAUGCGUCAAAACAAGGAGGGCGUGUUCAGCGUUGUAAAGGAAAAGUUGACCAACGUCCAAGGUCGGCUGCAGUGGAAGAGUGCGUAUCAAUCGGGUGACCUGAAGCUUACGUCACUCUCAAGCAUGGGCGUAAUCUCUCCGCCUGAAGAAGAGAAGUGGAGGAUCGGUGGCAGGGCAGUAUUCGAUGGUCAGGCAUACCUGGUUCGCGCGUUGGAGACUCAUGGGAAGGAAAAGGCUGUCAAGACACGAAGAUCACGACUAUAG